CACUCUAUUCCGUUCGUACAUGAGACUCGCUCAGAGAGGUGAUCUAGAUCUCCGAAGGCCGCGUUGGUAAGUCCAGAAAAUGUUUGGAGUCGACAUGCAAGGACAUUUCGCAGUAUGAACGGUCCAUGUUGUAGAUAUCUCAGAUAUAAGAAACAUGUUUCACGGUGUUCAGUUUCUCCCACGUCCAGACAAAUUUGCCUUGCCAAAUCCGAGACCUCAAACACACAUACUAGAAAAUGGCUGCGCGGCCCCUUGUGAGCUUGGUUACCGGGGCAGGCUCCGGUUUUGGAGCCUUGACGGCUCGAGCACUGGCAAGAUCGGGCCACACGGUUUAUGCUGGCUUUCUGCAGUCUAAUGACGACAAAACUCCGGUGUAUAGGGAUGCCGCAAACUUCGCGAGAGAGAACAGCUGUCAGCUCCGAGGCAUACAGCUCAAUGUGGUCAAGGAUGACUCGAUCAGGAGGGCGGUCGACAAGAUCAUGGCCGACGAGGGAAGGAUAGACGUUGUUGUACACAACGCUGGACACAUGAAUUUUGGACCAGCUGAGGCAUACACGCCAGAACAAUUUAUGGAGAUGUACGAAGUCAACUGCCUUUCUUGUCAGCGCAUCAAUCGAAUCGUCCUGCCGCAUAUGAGACGGGCUGGAACCGGGCUGCUUGUGUGGGUGUCGUCCAGCAGCGCUCACGGGCCGAGUUCCCCGUUCCUGGCACCAUAUUUUGCGGCCAAGGCUGCCCAGGACUCCCUCGCACAGACCUAUGCCGUGGAGCUGACUCAGUUCGGCAUUGAAACGUCCAUAAUCGUGCCCGGCGUUUUCACAAAAGGCACCAAUCACUUCGCCACUGCGAUGAAGGCGGGGGAUACAGCAGUCGAAAAAGAGUAUAUGGAAGGCGCUCUGAGAGGGUGGGAUCAGAUCAGCGCCCAAGGUCAUGACAAGAUUGUUUCCCCGGAUGCUGAUCCUGGAGCCGUUGCAGAAGCGGUUCGGCGCGUGGUUGAUACAGAACAUGGCAAACGGCCAUUCAGGGUGCAUGUUGAGUACGACGGAGGGGGCGCAACCAUCGUCAACGGCGUCCGCGACUUGGUGAGGGAGACCUUUCUCAGCAAACUGGGCCUGGCAGACCUACUCAAGGUCAAGAUAUUCAAGUGACAUUUCGGGUAGGGCCUCGGAACCCACGACAUUUAAGAUCACGUGUACGCCAUUCAGACCUGUGGCUGUACCUAGGUUGUUUUGGAAGAAUAUCCCUCUCUGUGAGCUUGAGAGAUUUGGCAGGUUGUUCAUCCCGCAGGAACUGAUGGAAGAAACUGAAGAGUGUUCGAAGUCUACUCGAUUAUUUAGUUCCAGUUGUCAUUCUCUGUCAUUUGAAAGCGCCCGCAGGAGGCGCCGACAGGAGUCUCCAAAUCAAUGCCGUCGAUUGAGCCAA